AAGAUAGCUGGAGGCAAAUCAUUUUCUUCCUGGAUUACCUAGCGAGAACAUCCAAAAUGAAAGCCUUUCCUCACCUCGCUCUUCUUGCCCUCCUUUGUCCAGCCUUAGUCAUGAGACAAGGCAAUGCAACCUCAAGUGCCUCUUCAAUCACAGAUUUUACAAAUACUACCAUCACAAGUACACCCACUUCUAACGCAUCUACUAUAGCUCCUACCACCACAAGUACAACUACCACAAAUACUACAAGCCCUACUGUCGCAGGUGCAUCUACUGCCGCAAAUACUACAAGCCCUACUGUCGCAGGUGCAUCUACUGCCGCAAAUACUACAAGCCCUACUGUCGCAGGUGCAUCUACUGCCGCAAAUACGACAAGCCCUACUGUCGCAGGUGCAUCUACUGCCGCAAAUACGACAAGCCCUACUGUCGCAGGUGCAUCUACUGCCGCAAAUACGACAAGCCCUACUGUCGCAGGUGCAUCUACUGCCGCAAAUACGACAAGCCCUACUGUCGCAGGUGCAUCUACUGCCGCAAAUACGACAAGCCCUACUGUCGCAGGUGCAUCUACUGCCGCAAAUACGACAAGCCCUACUGUCGCAGGUGCAUCUACUGCCGCAAAUACGACAAGCCCUACUGUCGCAGGUGCAUCUACUGCCGCAAAUACGACAAGCCCUACUGUCGCAGGUGCAUCUACUGCCGCAAAUACGACAAGCCCUACUGUCGCAGGUGCAUCUACUGCCGCAAAUACGACAAGCCCUACUGUCGCAGGUGCAUCUACUGCCGCAAAUACUACAAGCCCUACUGUCGCAGGUGCAUCUACUGCCGCAAAUACUACAAGCCCUACUGUCGCAGGUGCAUCUACUGCCGCAAAUACUACAAGCCCUACUGUCGCAGGUGCAUCUACUGCCGCAAAUACUACAAGCCCUACUGUCGCAGGUGCAUCUACUGCCGCAAAUACUACAAGCCCUACUGUCGCAGGUGCAUCUACUGCCGCAAAUACUACAAGCCCUACUGUCGCAGGUGCAUCUACUGCCGCAAAUACUACAAGCCCUACUGUCACAAAUACAACUACUUCUACCACAAAUACUACAAGCCCUACUGUCACAAAUACAACUACUUCUACCACAAAUACUACAACCUCUACUGUCAUACAUACAUCUACUGCUACCACAGAGAGUACAACUCCUAACAUUGCUACGAGUACACCUACUUCUCCCACAAGUAGUACAAUUCCUGCUACCAUCUCGAAUACAUCUACUUCUACCAUACAUACUACAGGUUCCAGCACACCUUGCAAAGAGGAUUCCUGUCAGGAUGGUUCUUUUUGUGUUAAUCUGCAUAAUGAUUAUUUUUGCUUGUGUUCAGAGGGAUAUUACUAUAAUGCUUCCACAUGCAAUAAAGGAAAGAUAUUCCCUGGUACAAUUAAGGUCAAAAUAUCAUACACAGCUGCAUUGGAAAAUAAAACUUCUGUGCUGUAUCAGGAAUUAUACAUUCUAGUUACUACAUUUUUUAAAGAUACAUUUAAAAUUUCUGAUUACGGACAGACUGUAAUUGUUAAAGUAAGCACAUCUGCUUCAGCAAGAUCUGAAAUGCGUGCUGGUAACCAGGGUGUUGACGUAGCAGUAGUAAAUAUUUUUACAGAAACUACAAAGGAAAAUGAGACAACCAUAUCAGAUGCCAUUAGAAAAGCGAUUACUACACAAACAAGUAACUUUUCAGGAUAUGACCAGCAAGAUCGGUGUGAUUACUAUGGUUGUAAAAAACCAAAUGACCAAAAUGACUGUGACAGUGGUUUACUAUGUGAGUGCCAAGAGGGGCUGGUGAGACCAAACCCACAGAUGCCUAUGUGUGUUGCUUUGGGUCCAACGUGUUCUGAAACCUGCAAUGAACAGAGAAAGAAGCAAUGCCUAGUGAUGAACAGCACGAGUGCUAACUGCAUAUGCCUGCCAGGCUACAAGGAAGAUAGUGAAGGGAUUUGUCAAAAGUGUGCGUUUGGCUACAGUGGAAUCAAUUGUAAAGACUCAUUUCAGCUGAUCCUCACAAUCGUGGGCACCAUUGCUGGCAUCGUCAUUCUUGGCAUGGUGAUUACACUCAUCGUCUCAAUGAGGUUAAAGAACAAAGACAAGAAUGGGGAAGAAGAGACCUUGAUUGAGAAGGACUCGCAAAAUCUGAGACUCAAGGAGACUGGCUUUAGCAAUCUAGGAGCAGAGGGGAGCAUCUUCCCUAAGAUCAGGGUGAACCUGCCCAGAGACAACCAGCCAGAGAACCCCUACACAAUGCCGGGUAUUCCCCGACGAGACUAUUAGAAUUUUGUAAGAAUUUGGAUCCAUCCACAGCCCCUCAACCUAACAUAUGAGCUUUUAUUUUGAAUGUUCAAAAGACUGAUGGAGAAGGGAGCAGCCUUGAAGAUCUGGCUUUUGGUACUUCUCUUCCAUCCAACAUCUAGCCUCUCCGAAUGGAAGUUGUGACUAUUUACAAUGAAUACAGCUUGUUUGCUAAGUACCUAUGAAAUUAAAUGCAUAGAGAUACUGUGAGCAUUUGCAAGAUAGUUGAUUUGCUCCAGUCAGGACAGUGGUUAGUUUUUCUUCCUGGUGGGGCAACAAUAACCAUUUCCUAUCUAGAAGGAAGCUCCCCAGGAUUAUUCACUCCUGGAAGAGUCUACAAGAAUGUUGCUUGGAGUUGAUACACUGCAGAUAAGUGGCCUAAUUUUGGAAGACUCUUACACACCAGCUAUGGAGGUCCCAGGCAAUGGGAGGAGAUACCAUCCUUCAAGGUGCUCAAGUUCAUUCUCUGGCAAGUUAAAACAGAGAUGCUACUUCUGUUCCUCAAAUAUAGGGAUUUCAUUCCCCUGCCGGGAGUUUGUGACCUGGCCUCACACCCAGGGGACAGAAAAAGAGACAUGUCUCUUAGUUUUUGAGGAGCAGUUACUGGCAAUCCAGGACCUUCUUAAUGUCAACUAGAAGGCCUGGACUGAAAAUGCCCCUCGAGCCUUGUGAUACAGAUUCCAGAGGUACUUCACGAAAGCAUCAGCCUUCCCUCAGAGGCUCAGCAGCAGCCACCAACAUACACACAGCCAAGAAUGGGGACAGUCACCUCGAGCACAGUCUUUCUUUAAUGUUAACAGUAUCCUUGCUUCUGUCUAAUGUUCUGUCUCCUUGCAAGUUAUUUUUUAUUAUUAUUAUUUGUUCUUGACUGUUAACUAUAAAAGAUAACAAAUAAAGUGUCUUUAAUA